CGUUAUUUUUGGUGAAUGGGGAUUAUAGUGCUUGUGCUCGUGCACUUAAAGAGCUAAAAAGGGUUUAUACAUUAUUUUUAUUUGGGCUAUUUGUUGCGUUACACAUAAAAAAUGGAGUGGGAUCAUGACCUCUGUUUAAAAUUGAUCGAAUUGUAUAAAUCUAAGCCAGAAUUAUGGAAUUCGAGACAUAGCUUGUAUCGCGUGAGAUCGAAAAAGCGGGAAGCUUGGGACGAAAUUGCCAAUCAGUUGGGUACCUCAACAGAUAUUCUGAAACUGAAACUUAAUUCUCUAUUAGCAUCAUAUAGGCGAGAGAGGUCCAAAGAAAUUAAAGGCAUGGGAAAAGACCUCCCGGACGGAGGCAAGAACCAAUGGUUUGCAUAUGAAGCAUUUCAAUUUCUGUCCACUAAAAAUGGAAGCCGAAGGCCUUCAAGUACUAAUGUUGAUAAGAAAUUGAAAUGUGUAGAAGUAAAGGUUGAGGAGCCCCAUUUGGAGCGAACGUAUUUCGAUGAAAUAGAUGAAGAAAUGGGACAGGAAAGCGAUAUUGGAAUGCCUGACAAAGGAGAUGUUUCAUGGGAAAUAUUGGAACCUGAUCUGUCAAAUAUGAAAGACUUUACUAAUACAGCGCUUAGUUCUAAAAGACUAGCAGGAAUUAAACGGAAGUAUGACAAUGAAGGGUUGGAAGAUGAUCAUCGUAUUGCGCACUCAUUCAGUAGCAUAGAGCAACGCAACAGCUGUGAUGUAUAUGGUGAACACAUUGCCUUAAAACUGCGCUCUUACAGUAAAACGACUCAAUCUGCUGUUCAACACCUCUUUGGAAAUAUUUUAUUCAAGGCUGACAUGGGAGUGUACGACAGAGAAUUGCAAAACUAUAGUUCUGGUUCGGGCUGUUUUUCCGGAAAAACACGCACACCUUCUCCGACUAGUUAGAACUGAGCUGUUAAGCUAAAGUAAAAAGCUGCAUUCAAAAACAUUCAGGUUGUCAAGCUGAGGAAUGUACACGAUGGGACAAAAGUAAAGAAGCAAAGCUCGUUUUCACUAAUGUUGAUUCAAACAAAAAUUAAGGAUUAGAAUUUUUGAUCUAGUUUAAUGACUUACACUAAAGUUAUUAUGUAAAAAAUAUUUUGCGGGUGCUCUAAAUAGUAUUUAUCACACCAAUUUCAUUUAUCAAAGCUUGUUUAUUUGGAAAUAUUUGCUUUCGAAUGCGACGUUCUAAUUCUCCCAAAUGAUGUAGAUCUUGAGAUUGCGCAGAACACUCCUAAACACGAAAUACUUUUUUUUCCAAACAGAACAAUUCGGUAAGUUUGGAUGAAUGUUCAUAUUUUGUAAAUUCUAAUACUUAACGACACUACCGAUUAGCAGAUUGUUGCUAAUUGACAGCUCACCUAAAGUUCUUGAUGGCAGAUAGUUUUUAUACUCUUUAUGUAUGUAGGUACUUUCCGAAUCGACACCAGUGACUCCUUAAGAGGAACAACGAUAAUUUUCAAUCAUUCUGCUUAUACUCCUAUGUAUCCAAGCUAUUUCUCCUUGUAUUUAAAUAUGGUUUUCCCCAAUUUGAUAAGUAAUAUAGGCAAAGUCUAGUAAUUCUCAUUUUCUCAUUCCUAGACACUUGCAUUUUGCAUUUAAUAUGUACUUGUCCUGUAAAAUUUGCAUAUGUUUGUUUAAAAUGUUUGCACUAACAUAAGACAGUGACAUUAGAUACGAACCUUAAUACUGAAAAUGAGGAAGUUAUUGUUAGGAAUGUUUUUGAUAGUUUUGUGACAGGUGCAUUGGGAACUUGAAACAUAGACUAAUGUCGACAGUGACAUUGUUAGAUUUCCGUCAGUUAAAUGGUCAUUUUUUCCGUCAAGUUGCGCUUAUAUUUGUUGAUUUACACAUAAAGCUGAAGACCUAAUGUUAAUGACAAAAAUGUCAUAUGCAGGUGUCAGAUUUUUGUUGCCAGAUUUAUUAGGCAAAUAGUUUGAUUAGUUAAUUAUGUGCAAUUUUCUCCACGCAAAUCCACCAGCAAUAAACAGCAAAACUUGAUCUUCCGAAAUUGUAAAAUUAGAAAUGCUUAUUGGAAAAGGCACCAAAGCAGGUAUUUUUCAGAAACAUGACACACUUUGUCAAUAUUCCAUUUGUGGUUAGCGAUUAAUUUGUACUCUUCAAAGCUUAAGAUAUAUAACGUGAGCACACAUCAUCCAGUAUAUCCUACUGGUGUAGGUGACUAAAUAGGUAAAAUUUUGGACAUCAGAAAGGUGUUGCUAUAUUCAUAAGAAACGAUUAAGUUUGAUAUCCAUUAAAGUUUCAAUUAUUACAAAACUGUGAAUGUGCGAACCCCCUUUCAAUUUACUUUUUCGGUUCGCCUGAUUAACGCAUAAAGAAGCGGAUACCUACGUUAUGUUAAUGAGAAAAUAUGUCGUUUGUAUGUGCGAACCAAACACGUUGUAAAAUUUGUGAUUUAGUUUAUUGAAAAUAGAGCAAUUUCAUAAGAAAAA